AUGGCUCCCGCUUCCUCCAGCAGCCUGUCGGCCAACGACAACAUUCAGCGUUUCCCGGCCCCCAGCCGACCUCUGAGCCCUCUUCCCGAGCACGCUCUCUUCACCGACAAGACGCGAUGCUUCGUUUACGGUCUUCAGCCGCGAGCCGUCCAGGGCAUGCUCGAUUUCGACUUCAUCUGCAAGCGCUCUAAGCCCUCGGUCGCCGGUAUUAUCUACACUUUCGGUGGUCAGUUCGUCAGCAAGAUGUAUUGGGGAACCAGCGAGACUCUUCUGCCCGUCUACCAGCAGGUUGACAAGGCAAUGAGCAAGCACCCCGAUGUCGACGUCGUCGUCAACUUUGCUUCUUCCAGAAGUGUGUACAGCUCCACCAUGGAGCUUAUGGAGAACCCUCAGGUCAAGACCAUUGCUAUUAUUGCUGAGGGUGUUCCUGAGCGACGAGCUCGUGAGAUCGCCCACGUCGCGAAGAAGAAGGGUGUUACCAUUAUCGGACCUGCUACGGUCGGUGGUAUCAAGCCCGGCAGCUUCAAGAUUGGUAACACUGGUGGUAUGAUGGACAACAUUGUUGCCUCCAAGCUUUACCGUAAGGGUUCCGUUGGCUACGUCUCCAAGUCUGGCGGUAUGUCCAACGAGCUCAACAACAUCAUUUCCCAGAAUACCGACGGUGUGUAUGAGGGUAUCGCCAUCGGUGGUGAUAGAUACCCCGGUACCACUUUCAUUGACCAUCUCCUGCGAUACCAGGCCGACCCUGAGUGCAAGAUCCUUGUCUUGCUCGGUGAGGUCGGUGGUGUUGAGGAGUACAAGGUCAUUGAUGCUGUUAAGCAGGGUAUCAUCACCAAGCCCAUCGUUGCCUGGGCCAUUGGCACUUGCGCCAGCAUGUUCAAGACCGAGGUUCAGUUCGGCCACGCUGGUUCUUUCGCCAACUCUCAACUUGAGACUGCCAAGAUGAAGAACGAGAAGAUGAAGGAGGCCGGCUUCUACGUACCUGCUACCUUCGAGGAUCUUCCCGCCACUCUUAAGGAAGUGUAUGACAAGCUUGUCUCCCAAGGCACUAUUGUUCCCCAGCCCGAGCCCGUUGUUCCCAAGAUCCCUCUCGACUACUCUUGGGCCCAGGAGCUCGGUCUCAUCCGAAAGCCUGCUGCCUUCAUCUCCACCAUCUCCGAUGAUCGUGGCCAGGAGCUUCUCUACGCUGGCAUGCCCAUCUCCGACGUUUUCAAGGAGGAUAUCGGCAUUGGCGGUGUCAUGUCUCUGCUGUGGUUCCGCCGCCGUCUGCCUUCAUACGCUUCUAAGUUCCUCGAGAUGGUUCUCAUGCUCACUGCCGAUCACGGUCCCGCCGUUUCUGGUGCCAUGAACACCAUUAUCACUACCCGUGCUGGUAAGGACUUGAUCAGCGCCCUCGUUUCUGGUCUCUUGACCAUUGGCUCCCGAUUUGGUGGUGCCCUCGACGGUGCCGCCGAGGAGUUCACCCGUGCCUUCGACAAGGGUCUCAGCCCCCGUGACUUCGUCGACAGCAUGCGCAAGGCCAACAAGCUCAUCCCCGGUAUUGGACACCGUAUCAAGUCCCGAAACAACCCCGAUCUACGAGUCGAGCUCGUUAAGGAAUAUGUUCUCAACAACUUCCCUAGUCACAAGCUCCUUGACUACGCUCUUGCUGUCGAGACUGUCACCACCUCCAAGAAAGAUAACCUGAUUCUCAACGUUGAUGGUUGCAUUGCUGUCUGCUUCGUCGAUCUCGUCCGCAACUGCGGUGCCUUCUCCGCGGAGGAGGCUGAAGAUUAUCUCAAGAUGGGUGUUCUCAACGGUCUCUUUGUUCUUGGCCGAAGCAUUGGUCUUAUUGCCCAUUUCCUCGACCAGAAGCGUCUGCGUACUGGUCUUUACCGUCAUCCUUGGGAUGACAUCACCUACCUCCUCCCCAACCUUCGAGAGGCUGGAGCCCCUGGUGCUGAGGGCCGGGUUGAAGUUUCUCUAUCCUGCGCUCCAUUUUCUUCCAAGGAUCAACCACUACAACCACCUCCAACAAUGUCUUUCUUCCGCAUCACCCUUCAUCGCUCCGCCAUCGGUCUUCCUGAGCGCACAAGAGGUGUCCUCGCCGCUCUAGGCUUGCGCCGUCGUAUGCAGACCGUCUUUCAUCCCGUUCACCCACAGUUCGCCGGUAUGAUCCUCAAGGUGAAGGAGCUGGUUCGUGUUGAGGAGGUGGAUCGCGCACUGAGCAAAAGAGAAGUAAAGGCUGCGCGGACCCCGGAUCCCGGGUUUUACGUUGAAAAGGCUGUGCCAAGAAUGUAA